UCCCAGGGAAGACAACUUCGUUCAGGGAGCCCUGGAAGGAAUUAAAGAUUUAAAGCCGCGACAUUGAAACAACCUUUUGAGCGCCAUUCUCAUUUUUCGUUUUUAGCAAACAUCCCUUUAAAAAGCCACGGGGGCAUUCCAAUAAGUUUCGCAUCUGCACACCGUUGGCCGCCGUUGUGGGCGUUAAGCAGUUAAGCGACCAACCUCGGCAGAUGCUCAAAGAGGGAGAAAGAGACGAUCUAGAGAAUUCAAAAUAGCCUUGUCAGCCUCUUCGGCUUGCAAAAUUGUUAGCUGGACUUCCCUGCAGAGCUGAGUUAAGAUGGAUGUGCAAAGUUUGGUGCGCCGUUUUUACGCCCUGCAAGCAGAGCGGGUGGAAGCUUACCACCUCUUCGAGGAGGGUCACCAGGCCUACCUGCGAAGCGGCCCCGAUUACGACUUCCUCCGCUAUCGCCAGCUGGUGCACGAGAUCACGCUGGCGUUCAACGGCAUUUCCCAGGAGAUCUUGCAGAUCAAGGAGAACCUGGAGGGCUCCCACGGCCGGAGGGACCUCGCGGAUCACCUGGGACGGAUUCAGGAGAAGGAGCAGGAGAAACUCGAACUGACAGCACAACUGCAACUUGCUAAACAAAACGCCCAGGACCAGCCCGGAGUAGAAGCCCACACGCAAGAGGUGCAAGAAUUGAAGCACAAGCUAAUUCAAACCAUCGAAGCAAUCAGCGAAAUUCUUCAGGAUUUCAAGUACGAUUCGGAAGAAAGCAGUUGACAGGCCGUCCCGUGGGAGAAGGAUGAAGAAAGGCUGGGGAUGGAGAAGAGGGCGGUGGGAGAGCCAGGGACGUAAGAGCUCCCCCCCACCCCCACCCCCCGGGCUAAGGUUGAUCCUCGCUCGCCUGCAGCUCGCCCACCCCAGCUUCCUUCUUUCAUCGUGCCAGGCCGAUGCCCACAGGCGAGAUGCCACAGGAGGUGCCCCGCUCAGUGGUGGCUUGGCCACCUGCCCCAACAAAGCUGAUUCUCUGGAAGGUUUCUUGGCACUUGGUCUCGACGGCCUUUAUGGGACAAGAUGGGGGGGAAUUGCUUGUUUAUGUUCUGAAAUAAAGCGGUGUUUUUUUUUUCAA